AUGACGGGCGUUGCCCCUCGAAAGAAGAGGCAGCUUCGAUCCUGUGUCAGUCAAGUACGACUAAACAAACGGUUACAUAAGAAUCAAGUGUCAGCACAACGAGAACAAGAACAAGUGAUUCAAUCCCUGACAGAUAAGAAAUCAAUUUUAGAACGGUUCCCGUUGGAAGUAUUACAUAAAAUAUUUGUUUACGUUGGUGUUGAAGGAAACAACAUGUACUACAUGAGUCAUUACUUUAAACUAUGCUUGAAGCCCACGUUAAAGCUUAAGCUUGAUGUUAUUCAAGAGAGUUUCAUUAGUGACUUGAAUGAAAGAGUUAAAACUCCCACGUUGGAAGAUCGUAUCCAUCGUCUCUUGAGGGUGUAUGAAUUUGAACACCAACAGCUUGGUGACAUUUGCAAGAAUGUAUGUUUGAAUCCUAAUCGUGAUGUAAACCUUGUUGUAUUCCAGGAAGCCACGGCAUUUGGGUCUCAUUUGCGUAGAUGGAGAUAUGCUGUUGAUAGUGCAUGUUUGCAAUACAAGUUUGUCACCAAAGAUGUGAUUGGAUAUCUUGCUACCAAGUAUGGAUAUUUGGCUACAAGAGAGAACAUAGAACAGGAACGUGAAUGGAGAAGCCAGAGAGUUGAGAAACUAGUUAAAGAUAUCACAACAACGUUGGGAGACCCAAUAAGCAUUAAUAAUACUACUAAUACUACUACUACUAAUACUACUACUACUAAUACUACUACUACUAAUACUACUACUACUACUACUACCCCAGUUUUGGCUGAAGCUGCUGGUGAUAAUAAUUUAUGUGAACAUUUACUGUUCAGACAUCAGUUCCGUAAAGGAUACUUGCCACAACGAUUCUGGACCAUUGAUACCGAGGAAAAGCUUGCUGAAUGCCAACAGUUGUUCAAUAUGGGUGGAAGAUAUCGUGCUAUAGAUGAUCCCUUAAAGCAUUCUUUAAACGUAAACCUUCAAGUACCGUUACUUGAGAUGGCCAAGAUGGUUUAUGCCAACUGUGACAACAGGGUAUUGCUGGUCUACAGUGUGUUGAAAGCACUUGAAGUGUACAAGAACGGGUACCAAGGGGGGUCUGGGUUGUUUGAACAGUUAUUGGAGUGGUAUUGUAGUGGAACAGAUGGUGUCCAGUCCAAACACGAGAUCGAUAUGGUAUGGCGUUCUUUAAUGGAGAUUCGGAACGUCAAGUUGACAGAGAUGUUUAUGGAUAUUAGCAGAACAAAGUUAGGAUUUGAUUAUGGGGUGUUUUAA